AACAGAAACCCCAAGGGAAGAUUGAUUGCUUUUUGCCUUUUCAUUUAUUUACUGUGAACUUUCUCUCUCUCUCUCUCUCUCUCUCGCUCGUUCCAUAAGAUGGGUGGUGCAGAUGCACUAAACGAUGCCGUUUCUAGCGUACAAGACAGAACACUUGCAGAUUUUGACCCUCUGAAGAAGCCAAAACGAAACAAGUAUGCUCUUGCUUGUGCGCUACUGGCUUCCAUGACUUCGGUCCUGCUUGGUUAUGAUAUCGGAGUGAUGACUGGAGCUUCUAUCUACAUCAAAGAGGACCUCAAGAUCAACGACACAGAAGUAGAAAUCCUCAUCGGUUGCAUUAGCGUCUACUGUUUAAUUGGCUCCGCCUUGGCCGGCAGAACCUCCGACUGGAUCGGUCGCCGCUACACCAUAGUUAUGGCCGGCGCUAUCUUCUUCGUUGGGGCUCUACUCAUGGGGUUUGCAACUAACUACGCCUUCCUCAUGGUAGGCCGCUUCGUCGCCGGCAUCGGUGUCGGCUACGCCCUCAUGAUUGCGCCCGUCUACACCGCCGAGGUGUCUCCCGCUUCCAUGCGCGGCUUCCUUACGUCAUUCCCGGAGGUGUUCAUAGAUAGUGGAGUCUGUCUUGGCUAUGUAGCAAACUAUGUCUUUUCGAAUCUUCCGCUUGACUUGGGAUGGCGAUUAAUGCUCGGAAUCGGUGCGAUUCCCUCUGUUUUCAUCGCCAUAGGAGUCCUCACCAUGCCGGAAUCGCCGCGGUGGCUGGUGAUGCAAGGACGACUCGGCGAUGCAAAGCGAGUUCUCGACAAAACAUCCGAUACAGUAGAAGAAGCACAAUUGAGAUUAGUAGAUAUAAAAGAAGCAGCCGGUAUUCCACAAGACCAAAACGACGAGAUCGUGCAGGUCCAGAAGCAAAGUCACGGAGAGGGCGUGUGGAAGGAGAUGUUGCUCCGCCCUACCCCCGUCGUUCGUCACAUCGUAAUCGCAGGGGUUGGUAUUCUGUUCCUCCAACAAGCGUCUGGUGUAGACACGGUUGUACUGUAUGCUCCUCGUAUCUUCGAAAAAGCUGGUAUUACAUCGACUAAUGGGACGCUACUCGCCACCAUAGCCGUUGGAUUCACCAAGACAAUCUUCGUUCUGGUCUCCACAUUCAUGCUUGAUAAGAUCGGACGGCGUCCGUUGCUUCUCAGUAGCGUAGGUGGCAUGACUUUGGCCUUUGCAGCGCUCGGUUUCAGCCUCACGAUCGACGAUGAGAAAGUAACGUGGGCUAUCGGAUUGGCAAUUGCUUCGGUAUUAGCAGUGGUGGCGUUCUUCUCGAUGGGAUUGGGACCCAUCGCGUGGGUUUAUAGUUCGGAAAUAUUUCCUUUGAGGCUACGCGCGCAAGGGAUGAGUAUGGGAGUGGCAGCGAAUAGAUUUACAAGUGGAGUGCUGUCAAUGACAUUUAUAUCCCUAUACCAAGCGAUAACGAUUGGUGGGGCCUUCUUUCUAUUCGCGGGAAUUGCAAUGUUGUCUUGGAUGUUUUUCUUCUUCUGUUUGCCUGAAACGCAUGGGAGGACACUUGAGGACAUGGAGGGGCUGUUUGGUAAUAUGGUUCAGUGCAGGCCCAUUAUAAUGGAGAAGAAGAAGAACGAGACAGGUGUCCGUCAGAGUCUGUUGAGUUAGUACGAAGUAGGGUAGUAUGAACUAUGAAGGAGGAGACAGGUGUCCGCCAGAGUCUAUUCUAUUGAGUAAUUAGGAAGUAAAGGGUAGUUUGGUGACCUUUUUUAGUUCCCAAACGUUGAGAUUAUGAUUUUUUUUUGUGUGGAUUUUUAAUUUUUUCGCUUCUUAUGGAUCCCCUCUUGAAGAUGUUUGGGGGAGGACAUUGAAAUGGUGGAUGAAGAUGAAUUUAUCAGUAAUAAAGAAAAUAUAUAAUAAAUUUGUUGAAGAAUGUAAAAAGUAGUAUUAUAUUAGAGGGACUCUUUUGUCGUCU